UUUUAAGCUGGCUUCCAAGAGAAGGUGUACGUAUAUGAUUGAAAAAUGUUGCUCCGAGGUGUGCCUUUACUCGUUUUGCUGGCGUUGAGUGUUCGUGGUCAGAGUGAUCGUCCAAUCAUAAACACAUCCGGUGGACAGGUGCAAGGCACGACGGAAUCGUGUGGUCUUUUCUGCUCGUACUAUUCCUUCAAGGGCAUUCCGUACGCAGAAGCACCGGUCGGUGGGUUGCGUUUUGCCGAUCCGGUACCGCAUGGCGGAUGGACGGGUGUGCGUGAUGCUGCUCAGCAUGGGAGUAGCUGUCCUUCGCCGGAUUCCUUGCCAACGGAGGCAGAAGAUUGUCUGUUUGUGAACGUUUACAGUCCGUCCUUAAUCGGUACGCGGCCGGUGAUGGUUUUUAUUCAUGGUGGUGCCUUCGUCGGUGGUUCCGGUGAUGUUGCACUGUACGAUGCACGGUACUUCAUGCCGGAAGAUGUGGUACUGGUAACGAUCAACUAUCGACUGGGUGUGUUAGGAUUCCUCAGUACCGGUGAUAGCAGUGCGUCGGGCAACUGGGCAAUUAAGGAUUGUGUCGAAGCAUUACGAUGGGUACAGCGAAACAUACUCGCGUUCGGUGGUGACCCUAAUCAAGUAACAAUCUUCGGACAAUCGGCCGGUGGUGCUAUGGUGCACUUCCUCACGCUGUCACCGCUGGCAGUAGGAUUGUUUGAGCGCGCAAUAACGCACAGCGGAACGGCACUCAACUCCUGGUCACUGCAGCCAAAUCCACGGGCAAUAGUGGACCGCGUGGCGACGGCGCUCGGAAUUCCUACAACCGAUACAGCCUCCAUGGUGGCUGCACUGCGACAGAUUCCCUACCGCGACCUGAUCGCACUACAAGGAGUGACAGGAACUGGACAGGGAGUUCCAUUGUUCCUGAGACCAUUAGAUUUCGCCCCUGUCGUUGAGACAGUUAAUACACCUGGUUCUACACUAGACAGACUACCAAUCGAAAUCAUCGACAGUGGAUCGUACCGUGCCGUACCACUGAUGACGGGUUUCGUCGAUAUGGAUGCCCUACUGUUUAGUGCCGCUGAAAUGGUUACAAAUCCUGGCAUCUUCGAUGUGUUCAAUAGCAAUCCUCACCUGUUGGUGCCAUUUUUCUGGAACAUUGCAGAGGGUAGUGCCGCGUCUACGGCUGUCAGUCAAGCGUUCCGGCAAUAUUACUGGCAGAGCCAACCGUUGAGUGCUGCCCUGCUGGCGGAGUUUUCCGUCUUACUUACGGAUCACCAGUUUGCGUACCCCCAGUUCGAAAUGGCUAAACGCCACGCAGCACGAUCAUCGGUUUAUGUGUACCAAUUUCGGUACGAUGGCGACUUAAACUUGGUGAAACAGUUCGCAGGCAUUCCGUUACCGGGAGCAGUACAUGGUGAUGAGAUUUGCUACAUGUUCUAUCCUCAAUCUUUCGGUGUAGGUGAACUUCCCGUCACUAGCCAUGCCAUUACGGUGCGCCAACGUAUGGUGCGCUUGUGGACAAACUUCGCACGCAAUGGAACUCCUACACCAUCGGCUGAUAGCCUACUGCAGAACAUCAUCUGGCGGCCAACCAGUUCGGGAAUGAUCGAUGCGACGCUUAACAUUGGACAUGAUCUGGUGAUGGAAACGAACCCAAUUGCAAGCCGUUACAACCAGUGGCAACAGCUCGCUCAGCAAUAUGCAAACAACAUAUUUCGCGUAUAGAUAAAAUGCUUUUAAAUUGAUGUAAAACAUGAUAUAUUUCAAAGUACAAAGACGUUGAAAAUGGAAAGUGUUUGUAUGUUGUUAAUUCAACUUAAAAUAAAAACUUCGCAAGCAUAAGCGUUAGCAUGUGUUUAUCUUUCCUCUCUCGCUC